AUGAAAGUUUCAAACUUGAACGAACGCAUCCACGUGUUGGACGGCUCAUCAUCGGUGAUGAGUGUAGUGAAAGACAUUGUUGAAAGUGGGUUGCAGGAAGAAGCUUUUUACGUGCUUGAUAUUGGUGAUAUUGUUAAGAAACAUCAAAUUUGGAAGGAAAAGCUGCCACGCGUUGAACCUUACUACGCAGUCAAGUGCAAUGAUAGUCCCACUGUUAUUGAAGUACUUGCUGCUUUAGGGACUAGCUUUGAUUGUGCUUCUAAAAUUGAAAUAAACAAAGUCCUUAGUGCUGGUGUAGACCCUACGCGUAUUAUUUUUGCUAAUCCAGCAAAGCCUGCUUCACAUAUUCGUCAUGCUGCUGCAGUUGGUGUUGAUAUUACAACAGUUGACAAUGAAAGUGAAUUGCAUAAACUCAAAAAAAUACAUCCCCAUGCUAAAGUUGUGUUGCGUAUACGUUGUGACGCUGAGAUAUCACAGUGUCCUUUGGGAAUGAAGUUCGGUUGUGACCCGGUAAUGGAAGCGCCAAAUCUUCUUCACUUGGCGCGAAUGCUGGACCUCGACGUUGUCGGCAUCAGUUUCCAUGUCGGCUCGGGUUGUCAGGACCCGCCGGUGUUCCAUCGGGCGAUUUGCCAUGCCAGAAAUUUGUUUGACUUGAUGAAAGAGAUGGAUUUCAAACCGUAUUUGCUGGACAUCGGUGGUGGUUUUCCUGGUGAUCGUGGGACUACUGAUGACGUGCAUGUUAUCGCGGAGCCAGGUCGUUUUUACGUCGCCUCAGCAUUUACAUUAGCCACGUGCAUUCAUAGUAAGCGCUCAGUAAGAAGUGAUAAACUGUCACCAAGUGCGAUAACUCACAACAUGUAUUACAUAAACGACGGUGUAUACGGCUCAUUCAACUGUAUUCUCUACGAUCAUCAGCGAGUCGUUCCCGUUCCACUUAAGAACGGCUGCGGCAAAAUGGUACCAUCAAGCAUUUGGGGACCUACAUGCGACGGCUUAGACCAAGUUGUGGAGAACGUAUUGAUGCACGAUCUAGAUCUUGGCGACUGGAUAAUAUUCGAGAACAUGGGCGCCUACACACUGCCCGUGGCGUCGCCAUUCAAUGGAUUCCCGGUUCCAAAAGUCCACGUAAUUGCUGACGAAAAUGUUUGGCUGCUUCUGAAAGAUAUCCUACCAAUGACCGAAGAACACUUUGUUAUUGGCAACUCUCCGGAUAAUUUGCGUCUUGGUCUCGAUAUCGACGGCUCAAAGAUUGAUGAGUGGAACGACCCGGCCAUCAAUCUUUCCGGCUCGGACAUUAUUGAUGAUCCCAACAAUUCAUCGCCUUUCAUUUACGAGUACGUUGAAGUUGGACCCAUCAACUAA